AGUGAGAAGAAUAGAAGUCUGUAUGGACAUGAGCACGACAUUUUGAUUGGACCCAGUUUUUUUUUUUUUUUAUCUGUUUAAACCUUCCUUUGGUUUAUCUCAGGACAUAUGUGUGUGGGCGAAGACAAAGAAGAAAGCAGUACUAGGUCACUUGAACAUGAACCCUAUCACCACUUUAGGCAUGUCACAAUGAGUCAUGAGUUGGAGAUACGUUUUAGUUUCUUUUCUUAACCAGAGAGGGCAUUUGCUCUGAGACAGACAGGAGGAUAACUCUCCACACUUUCAAGGAGCCAUAACCAAGUCGCUGCUGCAAUCAUGGGUGAAUGGAGCUUUCUCGGGGGACUCUUUGAUAACCUCCAAGCCCACUCGCCAAUGCUUGGUCGUUUCUGGCUCUUACUCAUGCUUGUCUUCAGGAUACUGAUCCUGGGAACUGUAGCCAGUGACCUGUUUGAGGAUGAGCAAGAGGAGUUUGCCUGCAACACCCUCCAGCCGGGCUGCAAACAGGUCUGCUACGACCAGGCCUUCCCUAUCUCCCAGUACAGAUUCUGGGUUUUUCACAUUGUCCUCAUCGCCACACCUUCACUGCUUUUUCUCAUGUAUGCAAUGCAUCACCAUAACAAGAGCAACAGCGGCUCCAAAUUCAGCCAGAUAUGCAGCCAGGACUACAGAGAAGACAUACGUUUCAGAAGGCUUUACCUUAUAAAUGUGGCUUUUCGCCUAGCGGCAGAAGUUGGCUUUCUAGUGGGCCAGUGGCUGCUCUACGGCUUCAAGGUGGAGGCCCAGUUCCCCUGCAGCCGCUUUCCUUGCCCCUACACAGUGGACUGCUUCACCUCCCGCCCUGCAGAGAAAACAGUCUUCCUCUGCUUCUACUUCAUUGUAGGGGUGAUAGCAGCGAUUUCCAGCUGUGCGGAGCUUCUCUACAGCUCCUUUAAGUGGUUUUGUUCAAGGAAACCCUUCACACCAGAACACUCCUGCGUCUGCGAGAACCUCCACAACUUCAAGCAUGAGAGAGUUGUGGCAGAGGAGAAACCCAGAGGAAGGACGGUGUCAGAGAACACAUCCAGCAGUGUGAGGCUGAAGGGAGGAUCGCUGAGGAGCAGCGCAAACAGGAAGGUCUCCAGCGUCGGCCACAAGCACAAGGGCGGCAGGUCUUUGGGCAGCAGGACACACGUGGUGUGAGAGCACCUUGAUUCAAACAUGCUGUAAUCACUCAUUUUCAUCUAAAUGUUAUAACAAUCUUAGUAAUUCCUGUAUGCUGUGUCAUGGUUUUAAGGAAAUUACUCAUGUCGUGACAUAUUAAUGAGUGAAGGAGUUUUAAUGAAGGGAUAGUCUUAAGGAAAUGCUUGGGAGACAAUCAGAAGAUCAGGAAAUGAGUAAAGACAAGACAAGGCUGAUGGCUUUGAUGGGGCGGAUGCACUGUUGACUUGUUUGGUCUGAUGAAUCAUUACAGUACAAACAGUUUGGGGAGGGGGCUUUUGGAGCAGACUUGAUACACUGAUUGCAUCUUUGUUUCAAAGAGAACUGAUUGUACACCCCUGUGUGCCACACCCUCCAUCAUGGAAAAAAACACCUUAAAACAACAUUUAGUGCACUCUGUGUUGUUCCAGUUCCAGAUUUGCUUUCUUCCUGAAAGCUCAAGAUUACUCUCAUAUCAUGUCUCUAGAAUGCUAUUACCAGCUAUCACUUAGCUUAGCACAAAGACUUGAAACAGGUGGAAACAGCUGGCCUGACCGUGUCCGAAGCUGAAGGAAUCUGCUUACCAGCACCCAAUACCACAUUAUUAACCUUCUGGUAAAGGGCUGCAGAGAAUAUGGGCCAAACCAAACCUCCAUUUACUAAAAACUUAAUUAAUCAUUAAUUUAUUGUAUUUAUAAUUGCAUUUUUACCCAAAAGAAGUGAUAGACACUGGCGAAAGGGGGUUUUCAUAAUUUUGCAAACCAAAAGUUGUUCCUGUCAAUGGCUCAUAACCGAUCUAUAAAGCAUAAGUAAAUUAAUUCUAUACCAUUAAUAAUGUCAUUAAAAGUUAUAAUUUACAAACCCAUUAGAAAGGAUGCUUUAUUAAAGGGACUAUAAUUAAAAGGUGUACACUAAGAGCAGCUGGAAGCAGGACUGGUUGCUGGGGUUUUUCUUCCACUGUCACAUGACCAUGAAUGAAUGGAUGAAAAGCUGAGCUUAUUUCUGAACCUUUUGUGAGAUCAAUGAUGUUUCAUCUUGAUUUUUUACUUUUUACUAAGCUAGGCUUUUCUUGUUGGCAUUUCAGUAAAAGAUUGUUCUGCUUGUCAUGCUUAUUUUUUAAAGUGCACAUUGUAAAUAGGCCUGCCGGUCAUACAGUAUGUUUCUAAUGAAACGAGCUACGUGGCAUUUUUCAAAUUCCUUCUUGUGCAAGCUGCUGAGCUUGACUCUUGAAGUCAGAUGUUUACACACACCUUAGCCAAAUACAUUUAAAAUCAGUUUUUCACAUUUCUUAACAUUUAUUUCCAAUAAGCAUUCCCUUUCUCAAGUCAGUGAGGAUCACUACUUUAUUUUAAGAAUGUGAAAUGUCAGAAAAACAGUAGAGAGAAUUAUUUAUUUCAGCUUUUGUGUAUGUGGCAGCCUUCUACCAGCUUCUCACAAUAAGUUGAUGGACUUUUCCUCACUCUUCCUGACAGAACUGGUGUAGCUCAGUCAACUUUGUGGGCCUUACUUGCUCACACGCUUUUUCAGUUCUGCCCACAAAUUUUCAGAUGGAUUGAGUUCAGGGCUUUGUGAUGGCCACUCCAAAACCUGCUUUUGUUUUGUUUUUGAUGAUUUUCUGAUUUGGACAAAACUUUGGAAGUAUCCGUGGGGUCACUGUCUAUUUGAAAGACCAAUUUCAAUACCGUAGUUUUCAAGGAUUAUAUCUAUUCCACAUCAACCCUACCAGUACUCAGUAUUUAUAUCAAUACUACAAUUUAUCAUACUGUAAAAUACUGUACAUAUGCACACUCCUUUACAUUUAGAUUUUUAUAUUUUGUUAUAUUUUCUACUUACCUACUUUUUAUUAUUAUUUGUAUUCCUUAUACCUUGGCAUGCAAGUGAGCAAUUUGUAACAAAGAAUUUCCCCUCGGGGAUCAAUAAAGUAUUUCUGAUUCUGA